AUGUUCUCUAAUGGGUUGCUACGUAAAAAAGCAUUCAAAUACCCUACUUCAACAUACGACGACGACGACCAUGAUGGUGCUACGUCCCACAUUGAAUGUACCUUUGCACACGAGUCCUUGAUAGUGAUUGAGACCGACGAUGUCACACGUCGUAUUUCUGUCAAGAUUCUACGUCUUCCAACACCUCCACCUUUGCAACCGCUAUCGGUUUCUCUUCCAUCCACCUCAAAUCACAACCCAAUUACUCGUCGCCGCACUACAAGAAGGAGGCGACCAUCACCUGAAACACGUCGACAUGUGGAACACCGAUUACAGAUGUUGCACAGGAACCAAUUGCAUACCAACACCAACAACAAGUCUGCUGCAUCAUCCCCCGUUCACAAGCACCAUUCUCAUUCUACUUUUACCAGUGAUCACAGUCAACCACAUUCAGUAAAUAGUACUUGGCAAAUCGUUGUAUCACUGUUGGCUGUCAUCAUCCCUUUUUCUUGGGUACCAAAGACACGAGAUAAAAGCACGAGAAUGUGGCUCGAUAGAUUGGUUCAUCCCGCACAUGCUUCGCAAUAA